AUGGAAAUGGAACUAUUAGAACUUUUAGAUGACGUCGAGUUGGUAUGUGUUGCGCUUGCUGCUGACACAGUUGAACGACAACGUAUUCAUUGGGUCCACCCACUCAAUGCUCAGAGAAUAACUUUGGGUGAGUUCCACUGCUUAUACUCUCACUUGAGGAAAUAUCCGGAUCGUUUUUUUAAUUACUAUCGUAUGUCGAUUAAAUCAUUUGACGAGUUGGUGAUUUUAUUGAGACCACAUAUAUCUGAAACGAGCUCCACUUUCAGAGAAACUAUUGUCAUUGAAGAACGGCUGACAGUUACAUUAAGAUACUUAGUUACCGGAUCUCGUUUUUCAUCUUUACAGCAUCAAUUUAAAAUGGGUAGAAUUACUAUCAGUCAAAUAGUAAAAAAGACAUGUAUUCAACUAUGGAAUGUUUUACAACCAAUUGAAAUGCCCACACCGACAAUCACUAAAUGGAUCGAAAUUUCAAAUGUUUUUUUCGAAAAAACAAAUUUUCCAAAUUGUAUUGGUGCAGUCGAUGGGAAGCAUAUACGCAUAGUUUCUCCCCAACAUAGUGGCACAAAUUAUUUUUGCUAUAAAAAGUUUUUUUCAAUUGUCCUAAUGGCAGUUGUUGAUGCUAAUUACUGUUUUACAAUUGUGGAUGUAGGAUCUUAUGGCCGUGAAGGAGAUACAAACAUUUUUAAACAAUCUACUUUUGGAAAACAGCUCUACAACAAUUCGUUAAAUUUACCACCUUCGACUAACCUACCAAAUACUGAUGGCCCUGCAUUACCCUAUGUAUUAAUUGGAGAUGAAGCUUUUGGAAUUCAUCAGCAUUUAUUAAGACCUUAUUCAAGCCGUGAUUUAAAUUAUUCCAAGCGAAUUUUUAAUUAUAGACUUUGUAGAGCUAGAAGAAAUGUUGAGUGCGCUUUUGGAAUCCUAUGUAGGAAAUUUGAAAUUUUUUAUGGGUGUAUUGCAGUAGAUCCUGAUUUUGUAAGUAUUAUAGUUCAAGCUGCUACAGUUCUCCAUAAUUAUAUACGACGGAGAGACGGUUUUGAGUUUGAAGACACUUUAAAUGCUGAUAACAUGUUACCUAUUGAACCACGAGGAACUGCAUCUAGAAGUUUAGUUGGACAACAGGUUAGAGAUCAAUUCGCCCAAUACUUCUUAAGUGAUGCCGGAAGCGUUCCGUGGCAAAAUAACAGAAUUUAA